AUGAACGGCAAGUAUGGUGGACGUGAUGAAGAUGAAGAAGACGUUCUUGCACCGAAAGAACCUCAAGUUACUUCAGAGGACCCAAAUGAGCGGAAAGCGGGAAGGGCUUUACGUAUCAAACGAAGACAAGAAGCACUUAAGAGAGCGGAGCAGCCUUUAGAAGAAAUAUUUAAAGAAGAAGAACCAGGUCACAUAGAGCAAGCGACGACCUCUGCUGCAGAAGAACUUCAACGUCUAGCUUUAGAUGGCGCAGCUAAAGUAACCAAUGUUAAAGUGACCACUGACGAACGUGAAGUCAUCCGACGUGCAUUAUUUUCGGAUAAGAUGCGGGAUUCGAUGGCGAAAAUGGAAGCUGAAGCCUCUGACAGUCAAAUCCAGUAUGAUGCCAUUUCUGCAAAUUGGGACUUUAUGCUUUCAAUAAAAGAUCCUUUAGAUAUUGAUGCAGCAAUAAAGGAGCAAAAGCAUAAAUGCGAUGUUUUAUUAAAACAGAAAGAUAAAUUAAUCGAUGAACUUAAACAAGACCUUAAGAAAAUGGACAAUGCUUAUUAUGAAGAUUUAGAUAAACAGGAUAAAGAUAUAAAGGAACUUUCUGACAGAAUAGAGAAGCAACUUACUAUAAUGCAACGAGCUUAUGAAAAACAAUUGUUUUUAAUCGAGCAAGCCAUUAAUAUCGAACGCGAGAUUAUGGUAGACCAUAAUAAUAAGCGGUGGGAGGCCUUGUAUAAACAACGGGAUAAAGAAGAAGUUGCUUAUAUGGAAUAUAAAUUUGAGCAGUUAGACGAGCAUAAAUUAGAGAUGGAAGCAAUCAUGUGGGACCACCAUGCAAAGUAUCGCGAAGCAAAAAUAGAACUCGAAACGCUCAUUCAAGAACUGCAGAAGGAGUUGGAAAAAUUAAAAGCAACAUGUAUAAUUAAUACUGAAAAAAUUGGAUACAACUAUCAGGUGUUGAAAAAAAGGGAAGAGGAAAACGUUUUCGUCCGAUCUCAACAAAAGAGAAAGCUCAACAAAAUGUCUGACGUUGCUAAUACAUUAAGAGCUAAAAUUCGUAAAGCAGCCGAAGAUGGAGCAAUGGAAGAAAUAAAGGCAGAUGCUGAAAUUAUAAAGUUAAUGCAGGCUAUGGAUGAUUUGGAAAAGAAGUGUCACCAUUUCUCUCACGUUAAUAACUACAAGUUUUGUCAGGUUUGGCGUAUGUCUGUGUCACGAUGCAAUGCGUUGUGCGGACGCGUGCGCCGCGCGGAGACGGCGCUGCACGCACACGUACUCGCCGAGCCGCCACCGAAACCACCGCCCCCACCGCCGAAGAGCCCUCUGUCGAAAUUUGGUUCGUUUAUUCUAUUAUAUAAAGUAGGUAGAUGGACGGACAAACGAGCCACUGGAUGGUAAGUGGGAACCGCUCAUGAAGCGAAAGAUAGACUGGUACGUCACAUCCUUCAACUUAUUGCAGACAAUACUGGAUUUCUAGUCGAAGAUCGUUUGUUAAAACUUAUUGAAAAAUAUCCUCUUACUUCACGAAAUCUAUGUACACUGGAUUCAAUUUUUAUGGCUUUAGAAAUCCAAGCCGAGGAGGAUAUUGAACUGUUGUGUAAGAUAUUCUUAAAUUACGCGUUUUGUCCAAUAUGUAUUGGCUUGGAAGCUACAUCCGACAUGGUGGAACCUUCGAGUCUAGCGGUUACAUCUCAAGAGGAAUCGCACCAUGUCAGUAUUAGCGUCAAAGGGCAUGCUGACAGAUCAUCGACGAGAAUUCGUUCGAGUGUAGUCAGAAGUAUAUCUGCAAGUACAUCCCGCUCAAUGCAUGUUGGUUUCAGGCCACACGAUUUAUCUGCAGCUGAUCAACUUCUUAUGGCAGAGGCGGAUGAAAUAAUACAAAAAUGUGGAGAUCCGAAAGUAACAUUGGCUGUCUCGGAUAAUGCAUCGGAAGGUGGAUCCACUUCAGGAAAACGCGGCCGAGGAGUUACGGUGGCUUCCCAGCCUACUGUCGUCUCACCAAAGAAGCCAAAUCCUUUUCUAUGUCCUCUUGGACAUUUUUUGGAAAUAGAAUCGAUGCAAGUAUUAACAGCUUUGAACGAAUUUAUGUCGGAAUUUGUUCCUCCUGAAAAAAGAAAGCUGUACGAUAUACUGGAUAGCGUCAAGGCACCCGACUUUGGGUCUCCAUCUCGGAAACUUAAUGUGGAAGAAAUAGAACAAUAUUGGUCUCAGUGGAAAAACUUAUUUUCUUCAGAAAAAGAUCGUUUUUGGGAUGGGUUGCUUUCUGGUUUAAAUAACUAUUUAACCAUUUUACAAGAUCGGGAGCGUAUUCACGAAGACGUAUUGCAGUUACGUCAACGUAACGCUGCACUACGUGGCCUGGUGCGCGGAGCACUUCCCGAGCUGCCGCACGCCGCGCCGCGGUACACGCGCCCCCGCCGCACGCCCUUCGUCGCUGCCACACCAGACUUAGCGCCACCGCCUUUCGCAAAGCUACCUCCCAUCUAAAUAUGUAUAUUUUAAUAUAUUUCCACUAA